AUUGACAACACUUUAUAAAGAGGGUUAGGAACUCUGUUCUGUGUCAAACUGGAGAGCCUAAUACUCUGCACUGCACUGUCAAUUCUAUAGUGAUCACUUGUUAUGGAGAAACUGAACACACCAACAGAGGCAUCAUCAUCUUGCUGGUUAUCUGAUUUGCUAUUGCAGGAAAUGGAUGAUUGCAAUUUUUUCCAACAAUGCAAUCCGAACUUGCUUGGCGAUGAAGAGUUUCUUUCACAUGAUAUAGUGAGUGCUUUUCAGAGUGACAAUUUGCAACAACAACAACAACCUCUGUCUUCUGAGAGUUACUCUUCUUACCCUGUUUCAAAUUCUGAGACUGUGUGGAAUUCUUCCACUGAUGAAACGUGUUUUGAGAGACCCGCUAAGCAGCAGAAAACCAAACACGUUUUACCAGAUCAAUCCAACUCUUCUUCACCUUCUUCACCUACCUCUCAGAUCCUGUCCUUUGAGAACACCCAUCUUUAUGGCUUAGAUUGUAGCUUGAACCCGAAUUUGCAGAACGAGGGUGUUUCAGUUUCAACACCCCAACUGCGGAAUGUGAAUUUUCCAGCACAAAAUCGAAAAGGGUCAACACAAAAUCAAAACUUUGAAACCAUAACAAACCCUCAAGGAAAAGGUAGCAAGAAAUCACAUGGUCAGGAUCACAUCAUAGCUGAGAGAAGGCGUAGAGAGAAGCUCAGCCAGAGCUUAAUUGCUCUUGCAGCCCUUAUUCCUGGUUUAAAGAAGAUGGACAAGGCUUCAGUCCUUGGAGACGCUAUCAAGUACGUGAAAGUGCUUAAAGAGCGUUUGAGGUUACUGGAAGAACAGAACAAGAACAGAGCAAUGGAAUCUGUGGUGGUGGUUAACAAACCACAAAUCAGCAACGAUGAUAAUUCAUCAUCCUCAUGCGAUGAUGGUACCAUUAUUGGGAGUGAAGAAGCUCUCCCCCAUGUUGAAGCAAGAGUGUCAGAGAAGGACGUGCUCCUCCGAUUACACUGCAAAAAGCAAAAGGGGCUUUUGCUGAAAAUAUUGUUUGAGAUUCAAAACCUUCAUCUCUUUGUCGUCAAUAGCAGUGUCCUUCCUUUUGGAGAUUCCAUCCUUGACAUUACAAUUGUUGCUCAGAUAGGAGCAGAAUACAACUUGACCAUAAACGAACUAGUAAAAAAUUUGCGAGUGGCUGCAUUGAGAUCCAUGUCUUCAUAAUAUAGAUGUGUGGUCCUGGUUUUGUUGUGUGGUGGGGAUCGAUAAUAAAUAAUAAUAAUGUUUGAGACUGAUAUAUAACUGCAUCUGCAUUUGGUGAACGUACUCGAACACUGAUUGAUUGAAAGUUGAAACUCAACCGGAUUCAAUUGAUGCUUGUAAAUCCGAAAAUUGUAUCGUUGUUUUGGUAGUACUAGUAGUAUUUAAAUUCAACCGAUACGAUCGAUUUUCUGUCCCCCCACAUAUUGGAAUAAAGGCUUGAUAGACCCAUGGCAUGUGAAUGCUCCACGUUUGUCUCCUCAUUUGGGCAGAUUGUACUCUCCCUCUAGUUUCUUGCUUGUCUCAUCCUAGCUUGGCUUGUGUAUUUUAAUGAGAGUUGUUUCUCACACAUUAAUUAUGUGAAUGUUUACAGAAGUUUCCAUUCUCAGGAAAUGUUUCUACAA